AACGCCGAGAAAAUUCGAUCGUUUGAUUUGUGAAUAAUUCCUCAAACAAGUCAUAUUUUGCUUGUGAAGUUGUGUGCUGAAUCCUUCAGUCGGUGGGAGGACAACAGAGGAACCGAAACGGAAAUAUGAAUCGGAAUUCAUACGACGGAGACGUAACGACAUGGAGUCCUCAGGGACGCCUGUUCCAAGUGGACUACGCCAUGGAGGCCGUUAAACAGGGCCCAGCAACUAUUGGGCUUCGCUCCGAGACGCAUGCUGUUCUCGUCAGCUUAACGCGCUCCUCCUCAGAGUUGGCAUCGCAUCUGCAGAAAUUCCGUCGCAUCGAUGAUCAUGUUGGUAUUUCCUACUCCGGCUUGAUGUCUGAUGCACGACUUCUCGGGAAAUUCAUGCGUACUGAAAGUCUAAACUUCCGGUGGUCUCUCUCGGAGCCAGUUCCCAUUGGUUAUUUGGUCAACACCGUUGGGCAAAAACUGCAGAAGCCUACCCAGAUGUACGGUAGCAGGCCCUAUGGUGUUGGAAUACUGGUCGCCGGUUACGAUAGAGACGGCCCUCAUAUCUUCCAGACAUGUCCCUCAGCUAAUUACUAUGAGUGCAAGGCCAUGGCUAUUGGAGCUCGUUCACAGUCUGCUCGUACUUACCUGGAGAAGCACUUCAAGACCUUCCCAGAUUGUGAGCCCGACCAGCUCAUUCGCCACGGCCUCCGUGCUCUGCGUGAUUGUCUGCGAAACGAAGCAGAACUCAGCACACUGAACUGCUCUGUAGCCAUUGUUGGCAAAGACGUUCCCUUCACCAUCUACGCCAAUGAGUCAGUCAAGCCAUACCUUGAUAGUAUUGAUGAGACUGGUCCCACCGCUGCAGCUGCGCCCGCCGCCGCCGCUGACGCUCCAGCAGCAGAGGGCGCUGGCGCACCUGAAGAGGCAAUGGAGUCAUGAUGAUUGGCAAUCUCACGUUAGGGUCAUGUUUUUUUUUCUUCCCGCCGCAUAUGAAUUCACAUUGCAAACUAUCUGCCAUAGUUUUAUUUCGCUCCGGCCAUUAUAGUUGUAGCGUUUUUUACAGCCGCCCGCAUGUAACAUACACCAUCCCCUGCACCAGCAUCCCAGAAGACCAUUUUAUGUUUCGUUUUUUCUUCUUCUCUCGUUUCAUUCUGAUCUUUACAGUCAUUUAAAAAAACGUAUCUAAUUCUGUUAUGUACAUAAUAUUGUAUGCAUGGAUUGAGUUAGAACAGUGUGCUGCCAGCAGCCCCGGUCCGAUGGCUGUGCUAUUAUAGAAAUUUCUGAGAAGCUGCUGCUCUGCGUCAUGCUUCGUCA